AUGAAAAUCGAUUUGGAGCUAAUUAAAAGCAAGAGCGAGCACAACGAGGGGCUCCUCGAAGACCUGGAGGAAGUCGCCCUGCAUCAGCUCCAAAUUAAAAAAAUUGAAUUCCUUAAUACUCAUUGUAGAAACUUAAAAAUACUUUUGCUCCAGAAUAACCUGAUUGAGAAAAUAGAAAAUCUACAUCAGCUUAAGAAGCUGGAGUAUUUGAACCUCGCCCUGAAUAACAUUACGCUCGUGGAGAACCUACACGGGUGCGAGUCUCUCCGCAAGCUGGACUUGACUCUAAAUUUCAUCGACCUAUCAACCAUCGAAGCAUCUGUAACGAACUUGAAAAAAAAUGAAAACUUAAGAGAGCUGUACCUGAUGGGAAACCCCUGUGCCAAGUGGAUACACUUAAAACUGUUCGUGAUUCUACAUCUAGAAAAGCUGGAAGUUUUAGAUGGCUCCGAUAUUCUAACGUCAGAUAGGAUAAUGGCUAGACAAAGAAGAGAAACCAUUAGGAACUCUUUACAAGACGAAUUAAAGAAACGAAAAGAAGAGGGCAUUGGACACAGCGAGCAUUAUGACAGUAUCAAUCAGAGAAAGGAGAUUUACGAAGAGAUAGAAAGGGAAGAAGUAAAGAACACAAGGACGGAUGAGAGGAAUGAGAAAAGGGCCCACAGGGAGGUGUUGCCUCCGUACACUGAAGAGGGGGAUAUUCGCCAGUGCAACGAAGGACACUACAAGUUCCUUUUCGAUGAGUAUUCCAGCAACAAACACACCUUUUUGAAGCUCUUCCUUCCCAAGUACCUAUGCAACUCCCUUAUCCAGGUAGAUGUAAAUGUGAACUACGUCCGGUGCGUAAUCAAAGACAAGUUGUUCCAGCUCAAACUGAGCGAUGCCAUUUUAACAGACCUCACUAAAAUUUCUAGAAAAAAAUACACUGGAGAAUUGCACAUAAAAAUGACGAAGAAAAAUUAUAAAGGGAAUAAAAUAUUUGAAGGAGAUCCCACCAGCGAGGGGGAUGCCCCUCCCGUGGUCGGCCAUUCGUUGUUACCAUCCCGUUCGUCUUCCGUGUCGUCCACUUCUUCCUCAUCAUCCGCUUCUUCCACGUCGUCCUUCUUCAAAAAGGAGUACCCAAUUUAUGCCAACAGGCGUAGACACACAACCAAUUCUUCCUUGGCUUUGCCCAAUGAAGCGAAAGGUGAUUUUCUUCUGCAGGCGAAAGAAACAAAAUAUUCUUCCUCCCUGAUGAACGCCAUUCCUUCGUUGGAGAAAAUUACAAAAUGA